AUGACCUGGCGGCAGCGGCUGGCGCGGGGCCACGGGCCGCCACGGGAGCGAUGCGCUGCGUGGGCCGUGCUUGGCCAAGCUGCGGCGGCUGGCGGGGCUGGGGGGCCUGGUGCCAGCCCUGCCUGCCGUGGGGCCGCAUCCUGCCCGGCGCAUGGCACGCAGAGGAGGUUCGUGCGCCUGGUGGUGCCUGCCACAGCCCCUUGGCGUGGAAUGGCUGGGUGCCACCCACGCAAGGUGGCCGUGGGUAUAGCAACCGGGGCUUGGGGCCUGACGAGCAUCCCCUGAGGUGCUGGGGGUCAGGGGGAACUGGUUUUGUCUCCCCAUGCCAGCAGUGUCCCGCUGCUUCCCCCUGCUCUUCAGCCAGCAGCGCUCUCCUCAGCAUAUCCCAUCCCAACUUUGCUCCACUGCAGGAGCACCUGGGAUUUGCUGGGGUAAAGCCAUGGAGGGGGCAGGGGGAACCCCGCCGCUGUGGGAUGUCACCAAGCUCGAAGGGGACAGUCCUGUCCUGAGAGAUGGGGAUGCAGCAGCAGACCAAAAGCUGGGAGCCACCUCCGGAGAAUCCAGGCUUCCCCACUCCAUGCUUGGGACAUUGAGGAGCGGGGGCUUCCCCGCACCCCACACAUGUGUGGGUGCAAACUGGCGCAGUCCCUGCACCUCCCAGGGGCCCACGGUGUGAAUUCCCCUGUGUGGCGGGGCUGGCGGGCACUGGGUAGUGUCCUUGGGGUGAAUGGCUUUGGAGAGCCCAGCGUGGUGCGCUGCCGUGUCCCCAUGGGACCUGCCUGUCCCACCCCUCACGGCCCCGUUCACCCAUCCACGGGCUGCUCUGGGGCCGCACGCCAGAGCUCCCAGUGCUGCACAGGCAGCGUGCCGGGGAGCCAGCGCAGGGCCGGGGGGUGGCCGCACCGGGGGACCCUGCGCUAAUGGAUUUGGAGUUUCCAAGGUCAGGCUCCCACCGCGAGCAAGAAAAACAUUCCCAGGGAAGGGCCAUGGGAAAGAGCCCCCCCCGCGGCGCUCCCAGUCCCAGCAGCUGCCUUACGGCACAGCCUGGCAUCCCGGGCCGCUCGCGCGAGGAGGCGGCUGCGUCCCCCCGAGGAGAGGUGCCGGGCAAAGUCCCUUCUGCCAACAUCUCCGGGGAGGGAGACAUGGAGGGGUGUGGGGGCCUGGUUGUGUGGGGAGCGGAUGGGAGGCGUUGUGGGGUGCUGGGGGUGAGGAUGGCAUGCUUGGCAGGGGAGAGGUGUGCCAGCUCCCGGCUGGUUUGAUGGCCUUUCCUGGGUGCCACCAGGGUCUGGGUGGGCAGGGAUGGGUGCUGCCAGCACCAGCUGCAGGUGCCCACCCUGUGUGUGCUGCACAGGCACUGACCCACACCUCUGUGCUUGCAGCCAGCAUGGAGCAGCGAGCAGGGCCACCAGAGCCAAGACCUGCAGGACCCAGCACGCAUCCGCAGCCCAAGGAGGGGACGUUGUGGGGUGUCCUCACCAUCCUCUCGCUGCUGGCCGGGCUGGCCACGGGAGCCCUGCGUACCCCACACUGCAACGAGACGCUGGAUGCGGCUCCCACGCCGCGGGACAUGGCCACUGCCAGCCCCAGCGCGGAGGACGGCGUGGAGAUGCCGCUUGCCUGGAGCCAGCCGCACGGGGACAACAUGACAACGGGGGCCCUGGGUGCAACGGAGCUGGCGGAGGACCUGCUGCUGCGCGCCGAGCGCUCGCCGCCGGGCAUGGGCAAAGCCAAGAAGGGGGCGCGGAAACCCUUGCGGGGUGCCCGCGGACGCAACUGCCACAUCCGCAACCUGAUGGUGAAGGUGCGCGACCUGGGCCUGGGCUUCAACUCGGACGAGAUCGUGCUCUUCAAGUACUGCAGCGGCUCCUGCCACCGGGCGCGCAGCAACUACGACCUGACGUUGGGCAGCCUCCUGCGGCAGCAGCUCAUCGUCCCGGGGCCGCAGGAGCGCAUCCUCAGCCACCCCUGCUGCCGGCCCACCCGCUACGAGGCCGUGUCCUUCAUGGACGUGCAGAACACGUGGCAGACAGUGGAGAAGCUCUCGGCGGCCGAGUGCAGCUGCAUCGGCUGAGGGGGGGCUGCCGGCUCAGCCCCGGCUCGACGCACGCUGGCAGCCCCCAGCUCGUGGCGCUGGCACUCGGAGGAAGGCAGGAGGGUCCGGUGCCCCCAGUUUUACGUGGCCAUGAGAGACUGAGGCAAGCUGGAGUCGUGAUGGGGGGGUCGGCAGCAGAGCCCCCUCCCGCUCAGUGCCAAGCAGCCGGUGCCACCGGCUCUGUGGGGUCCUGCCUGGGUGCACCCCUAUGUGGCUCGGCCCUGGGAUAGGAGCCGGAGCAGGACGGAGCAUCCCCAGCGCCCUGUGCCCUGCCUGGACUGGUGCUCCCACACCCCUGCCAAGCAUCGCCCGGGCUUCGGAGGGGGUCAGGAAGGGGCACCCCGGGGCUGGGGGUGGCCAGAGCCACCCUGCGGGGAGCGGAUGUCCCCAAGGGCAGGGGCGCAGCGGGGCCAAACCGCACCGGCAUGGGGCAGCGCCCGGUGCUCCGCAGGGCACGGGCACCCCCGGGACCCCUGCCCGGCUCCGAGCGGGGGCUGCAGGGUCCCUCCCCGCGGUGCUGCGGCACUAAACUAUUUAUUACUCUAAAUUAUUUAUUUAUUGUUCUCGAGCGGCAGCUCCUAUUUAUGACUUUGGGCCCGCGGGGGCCGGGUGUAAUUUAACCCCAGCGCUGAUGUGAAGCCCUGGGGCUGCGGCCAGCAGCGCCCCGUCCCCACCCUCGGGCUCCUCGUGCCCCCAACCCCUAUUAUUAUUUUUUUUUUUUGGUUGUUUUUCUAUUAUUUGUAAGAUUUGAGGAUAAACUCUAUUUUUGUACAGCCGCCUUUUCCCGUAGCAAUAAAGCGAUGGGCCGCGCGUCCGACCCCGCUGCUGGGUGCUGGGUUUUUGGGGAGGGGGGGGGUCCGC